ACCUGCAUCUAAGACCAGGCUGGUCUGGUCUAGAGCCUAGACUCGCCGCCAUGGCUAAGGACGACGUUCCACAGAAGGCGAAGCCUUCGCAGCUGGUCUCUAAGAAGUCUCCAGCGCAGGAGCCGGCGAAGAAGAUGAGUCCGGGGGAGGAGAUGGAGAGCGAGUGGCAGCAGAUCGUUGACUACUAUGACCCGGUCAAUGUGGGGAAGCGCGCCGAGGAGGCCAGGAAGAAGGAGCUGCAGGCUCUUCAGUCCGCCAUGGAAGCGAAUCGCGAGCAGGAACAGAUUCUUGAGGACUUCUACGGCAUCAAGCCCAGGCCGAAGCAGUCCCUCGAGGAGCUGGAGCGGGCGGCGGCGGAGGUGGCGGAGGAGGACGAGUGGAAUUUCCCGCAGGACCCGGACAAGUGGACGGAGGCGGACCUCGGCGAGGAGUGGGCGGAAGCCCCCCCCGACGCCAAGGUGCCGUUCUACGACCCGCUUCUCGGGCUCUCCGCGCUCGACGCCGCCGAUGACGAUGCGGACGCCGACGACGGCCGGCGCAGGCGCAAGGCCCCCCGCAAGCAGCAGCGGGCAAAGCUGCCGCACUCGGAGGACCGGUAUGUGCCGUACCGGCAGGGGCUGCCGCCGGUGAACGAGAUGGACGAUGGGAGCUCGGGCGCGCUGAGGGCGCUGGAGGAGCUGGAGAUGGAGGAGGAGUUCCUGCAGUGGGCCUCCUAUGUCUUCCGCGACGGCGCCACGUACGAGGGCACGGUGUGGAACGACAUGGCGCAGGGCAAGGGAGUCUACACCACGCCCCUCGAGCUCUGCAAGUACGAGGGCGAAUGGGUGCAGAACAUGAUGCAGGGCCACGGCGUGCUCUCCGUCGACGUCCCUGCGCGCCUCCCGCCGCCAGACUCCGAGGCGUGGCGGAAGCUGAAGGCGGAGGGGAAGGUGUUUGAGGACGCGGAGAUGAGCGCGGAGGACCGGGAGUGGCUGCGCAUGGAGCUGGAGGACCUCAGCCAGCAGGAGACCGACGCCAAGAAGGCCACCGCCGCCGCUGCCGCUGGCGACGGCACUCUCGCCGUGGCUGACCCCACUGACGCCGUGCCGUUUGAGGACCACCCCGGUUGGCUCAAGGUCUACGGCCGCAAGCCGGAGAAGGGGCACUACGAGUACGCGGGGCAGAUGAAGCAGAACAAGUUCCAUGGCUGCGGUGUCUUCACGCUCAACGGCCGCAUGCACUUCGGCAAGUUCCGCUUUGGGGAGUUUCUGCGCAACAAGGACGAGUGCGACGCCCACACCUCGGGGUUCCAUGCAGGCAUGGCGCGCGUGGCAGCAGCCAAGGCGCGCAUGUUCGUUAACAAGCCCGAUGGGAUGGUGCGCGAGGUGAAGGGGCCGUACAACGAGCCGUCGCACCCAUACCUGUACGACGACGACGACAUGUGGCAGGCGCCCGGCUUCAUCCACGAGUUCCACGAGGUGCCCCCUGUAUGGAAGCGGUAUGCGGAGGAGGUGGACGGCGAGCGUCAGCUGUGGCUCAACUCGUUUAAGAAGGCGCCGCUGCGCCUGCCCUCGCCCUCCGAGCUCUCCUACCUCUGGGACCAGGACGAGGAGUUUGUGGUGCUGCGCAACACGCCUCGCCUGCCUGAGAGGGCGGGGGAGAGCGCGGAAGAGGAGGAGAUGCGGCGGGCGGACAUGCAGGGCGAGGUGCUGGUGCACGUGCCCACCCGGCAGAUCAUCAACUGGACCACCGACGACGAGGGCAAGCUCCGCCUCUUCGUGCAGCCCUUCCCCAAGGACGGCAAGGUUGACCCGUCCAAGGCGCGGCCGCUGCCUCUGGGGUUCGACGAGUUCAUCAAGGGCGAGGAGAUGGAGGAGGAGGAAGACGAGGACGAGGACGAGGAGGAGAGCGAGGAGGCCCGCAGGCUCAAGACGCCCGAGCAGCUGCAGCGCGACGCGGAGCGCAGGCGCGCCAAGGCAGCGGAAGCACGGCGGAGGAAGGUGGCGCGGUGGGAGCGCAGUGUGCGCAACCAGGCGGCGUCGCGGCGGGAGAAGCGUGAGGAGGAGUGGGCGCAGCAGGACGCGGAGGAGGAGGAGCUGCGGCAGCUGGAGGAGGACGAGUGGGAACGCGAGGGCGACCUCAUGGAGGCUGAGUUCGAGGCCCGGCUGGACGCCGCUGAGGGCAUCCUGCCCGAGGGGGGCGAGGAGGAGGACGCGGAGGAGGGAGAGGGGGAGGGGAAGGCCGGUGAGGAGGGUGUUGCGGCUGGGGGAACCAAGGCUGCUGCUGCUGCUGCUGGGUCUGUCAAGGCUGCUGGUGGGGGGGCAGGGGAGGAGGAGGAGUCAGAGAGUGAAAGUGAUGACGAUGAUGAUGACGAUGAUGAGGAGGAGAGGAAGCCAAGGAGCUUUGGGACGGUGGCGAUGGCGGGGAGUGAGGGCAGGGAGGAGGGCAUGGCAGGGGAGGGGUGGCUAAGGGGGCCGGCUGCUGGGAGCAGCACCACUGUGUUCGCUUCCAUCUCGCUCUCCUCUCAGGUGGCCCUACAGCAUGCCCUCCACCACGCAGCGCGCUCCAUCUCCUCCCUGCGCCGCCUCCUCCCCUCCGUCUCCCCUGCUGCUCCACCUGCUCCCUCUGCCACCACCGCGUCCCUCUCCCUCUCCUCCACCCCUGCAGCCUCCCCCUCUCUCCCUCCCCCAGCUGCACUGGCUGUGCGCAUGCCUGCUGGCGUGCCUCUGCUGCCCUCCCUGCGCGCCUCGGCACUGUCCGCAUCUGCUCGCCAUGCGCCUCUUGUGAGGAGCAGCUCUCAUGUGGCUGCCAGAGUCAGCAAGGGCCGGCAGCAGCAGCAGCAAGUGCAGCAGGAGGCAGGGACUGCAGUGGGGAGCGUUUUGUCCCUGGCACUGCCGCUGCCUGCCACUCCCUCGCAUGCUUAGCUUGCCUGAGAUGAGCUGCUGCUAAGCAGUGACCCUAGGUCCAUAGCACCAAACUGGACUUGGAAAUACCUAGCCAGACCAAAGGUUUGAGGUAUGGUUAGUUAUUAGUCAACAAACACUGCAUGGAAUGGGAGUUCUCAGACCACCCUGUCAAAGCCAUGGCUGAAGCCAUCCUCUUUGGGUGGAACAUUUGGCACUGGCAGUCUGAUUGCCGUUGGUGGAAUCAAGAUGCUUGUUUACUGUGCCGUUUCCUUUUCACAGUGGAAGGGACUGAAGCAGUGUUUAGAAGAGGUUGCACUGCACAAGUUACGAAUAGCAGUACAUGAUUCAUGCCGGUAAUUCAUGGAAUCUGUUUC